CAUUUUCCUUUUUUUGAAAAUGGCGGACAUGCAAAACCAGUUUCUUGAAGUUUUAGCGAGUCUUUUAAGCACAGACAACGACUAUCGCACAAAAGCUGAGGAAGUAUAUGAAAAAACAGAAGUCGGUACACGAUUAACACUUCUUCUUCAAAUAAUCUCCGACGAAAACUGUACUAUAGACAUAAGAUGUCUUGCAGCCGUAUUAAUGCGCAGAAUUUAUGCAUCAGAAUGGGAAGAAAUUUCGAAAUUGAACCCAGAACUGCUUGAAAACGUUCGAAGCAAGAUUUUGGAAUCAUCCCUAAAUGUAGCAGAUGAUUUAGUGAGAAAAAAAUUAUGUGACCUUAUUGCAGAAGUGGCUAGAAACACCGUUGAAGUGGAAGAGGAUAAUGACAAACAUGGCUGGCCCGACGUAUUGCAAUUUAUAAUUAAUUGUAGUAAUGCAGAAAAUAGCAAUUUAAAAGAAAUGGCUAUGAUAAUUUUAUCCUACGUUCCAUCAAUAUUUGGUGUUUUGCAACACGAAAAUGUUGAUAUGAUUAAGAGAAUGAUUAUGCAGUCUUUGGUUGUGGAUAAUUAUGCAGUAAAAGUUUCAGCUGCGAAAGCACUUUGUCAAUUUUUGAUUGCGAAUGAUGACGAUGAAAACAUCAUUAAUUCCUGGAGAAACCUUACCCUAGACCCCCUAUUAAAUGUUUUGAGUGAAAAUAUUGCCAAAGAUGAAGACUUGAAUAUUCUGAAAAGUGUUGUUGAAGUAGCUGAUGCUUGUCCUAAGUAUUUUAGACCUCGCUUUCAGCAACUUAUUGGAGCUAGUAUUAAUCUUCUUUCUGAUAACGAUAAAACUUCGACUGUCAAACACUUGGCUUUAGAAUUGAUUGUUACUAUGUCAGAAUCUGCUGCUGCAUCCAUGAGAAAGCUGUGCGGUGAUAGUAUUCCACCUCUUGUUCAAAAAUUACUUUCUGAAAUGACUGAAAUUGAACAUGAAGACGAAGAAUGGAAUGUUGCCGAUGAAGUCGAAGAUGAAGAGAGCGAUGCUACCGUUGCGGAAACUUCUCUAGAUAGACUUUGUGUCGCUUUAGGGGCCCGAACAAUGGCUCCAACUGUUAUGGCGGGAAUUAAAGAACUCCUGAGUAAGGAAGACUCCUGGCAGGCAAGACACGCUGGUUUAAUGGCUCUUUCAGCCUGUGGCGAAGGAUGUAAGGCAUAUUUCGAGUCCGGCUUAACAGAUUUAAUUUCGGCUGUCUUACCCUUCUUACACGAUAAUCACCCAAGAGUCAGAUAUGCCGCUUGCAAUGCUGUUGGGCAAAUGUGCUCCGAUUUUGGUCCCACUUUGCAAAAAUCCUGUCAUCAAAUCAUUAUGCCAGCCUUACUCAAUCUACUGUCCCAAGAAAGUAUACCCAAAGUUCAGAGUCAUGCUGCAGCGGCUCUUAUAAAUUAUUGCGACGAUGCACCUAGGAUAACUGUUGUUCCAUAUUUAGAACCUAUCCUUCAGACUUUGAAUAGCAUUCUCGUUAACUGCUCCCAAAACGUUUAUGCUCCAGGUUCUAAGAUGGUCUUAGAACAAAUCGUUAUGACAUUGGCCAGCGCAGCAGAAAGCGCAGAGGAAAAGUUUAUACCUUACUAUGACCAAUUCGUUCCUGGUUUGCUCCAAAUCAUUGAACAGACAGGAGGUAAAAAGGAAAAUACGUCCGAGGCUGAUUUUCGAUUGUUAAGAGGGAAAACUAUUGAAUGCGUUUCUUACAUAGGAUUAGCAGUAGGGAGGGAAAAAUUUCAGGCUGAUGCUGAGACAGUUAUGCAAUUACUAUUAAUUUCCAAUCAAACUCAGAUUCUAGAAGAUGAUGAUCCUCAGCUCCCUUAUUUGAUCGGAGCAUGGGCAAGAAUGGCUAAAAUUAUAGGGGGUCAUGCUUUCGCGAAGUACCUUCCUUUAGUUAUGCCACCAGUCUUGAAGACAGCUGCUCUCAAACCUGAAGUAGCUCUGCUUGACCAAGAUGAAUUGGAUCAAUAUGAGACACAAGAGGAUUGGCAAGUUGUCAACAUGGGAGAACAACAGAAGUUGGCAAUAAAAACUGCAGGAAUGGAGGACAAGGCUAAUGCCUUCCAAAUGUUGGUUUCAUACUUGAAAGAAUUGGGUGGUCAAUUAGGAACUUACCUUGAAGAAAUUGUAAAAUUAAUAGUUGGCCAUCUUAGAUUUUACUUUCAUGAAGUAGUUCGAAUGUACGCUGCUGAAGCGCUGCCACUAUUAUUAGAUUGUGCUAAAGACGUCAAAGGAGAGGAAGCUAUGAUGGAAAUGUGGAGAUAUCUGUGCCCAGAGAUUCUUAAAACUGUUGAAUCAGAACCAGAGACAGAUGUAAAAUGCGAGUUUUUUCAUUCUCUUGCUCAGUGUAUUGAAAAAUGUGGCAAAAACUGCCUUAAUCAAGAACAGACAGAAUCUCUUUGUACUAUACUAUGUAGUGAAUUAGACAACCACAUGAAAAAUGCUUUGGAAAUAGAAGCAAAACGAGCGUCAAAAACUGAGGACUAUGAUCCAGAGGUAGAAGAAGAUUUACUUAGAGAGGCAGAAGAGGGAAUUCACAUGCUUGAACAGCUAAGUAAUAUAUUCCACUCUUACGUCGGAACUCAAAGGGAAGAUUCUCUUGCUUUCAUUGAACAAGUCGUACCCAGGAUCGAUCGACUUUUGAAUGGUGGUAGCACUGGUAAAUCCUGGACUGAUAGACAAUGGGGUAUUUGUAUGGUUGAUGAUAUUAUAGAACACAGUGGAGAGCUCUCCCUUCGCUACAGAAGUAUGUUUUUGGAAAGAUUAUUGAACGGUUUAGGAGAUGAGAGACCAGAGAUUCGACAAGCUGCUGCUUAUGGUGUUGGAAUAAUGGCUUCAAGUGCUGCCCUGCAUUACCAAGAUGUUUGUAUUCAAGUUCUUCCUACUCUUGCCGGUUUGAUACAGGCUCCGAAAGCAAGAGAUGUUGAAAAUAACCUUGCAACAGAUAACAUUCUUUCUGCCUUGACGAAAAUAAUGAAAACAUUUGGAGAACAGAUACAAAUUGAUCAAUUUUUACCUGUCUGGUUACAAGGACUACCUGUUCAGGAAGAUGAAGAAGAAGCUGUUCAUAUUUAUGAAUAUCUUUGUGAAGCACAUUCAAAAAUUUUCACUUCACCUGAAGCAAUGGCACAUUGUUUAUCAGCAAUAGGCCACUCUUUCUAUGUUAAACUACUGAGUAGUGAAGAAUCAGAAGGGACACGGAAGAAGCUUUUACAACUCGUUCAUUUUCUGCAGUCAAAUAAUACAGAUAUCUUUAAUAGCUGUAUGGAACGGGUUGAAGUAGCUCACAAAACCGCACUUUUGGAGGCUUUGGCUUCGGUUUCUUCACAAUAGAGAAGAUAAUAGUGUUUAUUAUUGCUUUGUAUUAUUCAUGGACAUAAGUUAAUUUGUGAUUCAGCAAU